ACCAAAACAACGCUUACCCUUCGUGUUCUGAACUCUGCACUGGUCUGGCACAACUGAGGGCUACGGUGAAUUCUAAUAUAAACGCAACCCACGCGUGACGCGUGCAGCCAUGAAAAGUCACCAGUAUACUGUAUAACUGUUGACGGACCCUCUAGCACAUAGAAUGAUUCCUUCAUCUUGCGUCAUAUGGAACUAUUACGGGCUGUGUUCUCUCUGUCCCAUCACCAGUUAGCUCAUGGAAUCUUUAUUUAAGCGCUAGGUCAAAACCAUGGUUUCCAUCUCAAAAGUAUUGCGGUAUGAUGCUUUGGAUGGUUCCACUAUAUCACCCCUUCAAAUUACCGCAUCAAAAGAAAGUGCUAAGCUGGUUUGCGACGCAGUGGACACACAAGAUCUUUGUAAUUCUACCGUGACGCACCUCAGUGUCUGGCGUGUCUCUACGGCGCAACUUUACGCUGUAAUAUUGGAGAAGGACCAGUACUCACUUGAUCGUCACAUUCGGGAAUGUGUCCACAGACGCUUGCCUUUUCCCGACGUGUUGUCGGGGGAUAAUGUCAAAUCGGUGGCCUCAAUGCACGACCACAGUCGUCCUUUGUCUAUCGUUUCCCCGCCCGUCGAGAGGUUAGUGUUCUACUUCGAGUUCGAGGACGCUUCAUCUCAUCAUGUUCUUAGCGAGUCUAUGCCCAUGUCAAAUGACCACGUACCGCUCCCCGGCGAUCCUGACCUCGAUUCGUUGUCCUUUGAAGAAUUGGGCAAGUUGGUCGCAGCUCACCACAGCGGUGAGAUGUCCCCCGAAGUGUGUGCCCAGUUGGAUGAAUUGUUGAAAGAGAGCGAUGAAUUAAUGCGUAGUGUAAUUAACGAAGAUGCGCUGGCAGGCCCAGACAAUGCUUACGUUGACGGGAACAAGCAACUCACGUCCAACGACAGGACAAACUAUGAUGAAUUACCAGCGACGCAACAAGGGACUGAAGCCGAUUCACAAGAUGUUCAAAAUCCUCAGAUAUUCGAGUUGGUUCCGACAUUGAAGAAUUUCACUGCCCUGGUGGCUGGUCUCCCCCAGUUGUCCCACAUCGAUCAGGGGCUCUACUAUCCUCCGCAGAUCUCUGCUGUACCUCAAGCGCCCCCGCAAGGCCAUCCUUGGUCUCAGCAUGAAUACAACCCUAGAUACUUCAUGAACAGGCCUCCCAACACAUAUACGCAGCCCUCUGCCGCACCGCAAGGCAUCGUAUGGUCCCAGCAUGGAUACAAUCCUGGAUAUAACGCCAAUGGACCCCCUGCACCGCCGCAAGGUUACGCAUUAACCCAGCAUGGAUAUCAUCCCGCUCCCCCCUACCCUUACCAGCAACCUUCCACCAUUGCGGGUCCGUCCAACGCGAAUUACCCCAUUGCGACAUUACCCCAAGGUCAAUAUGCUCCAUUGCAGACGGAAUCUAGUGGGGGCUCAAACGCGGCGCCAACUUCCUUUGCUCUUGACGAGACAGCAUCCACCAGUCCUCGUAAGCGUAAAACCCUCCAGACCUCGGAUGGUUUGAGUCCGUUCGUUACACCAUCGAUGCGCAAGCGCAGACGCCCGAACACCACCGACGACUACGGACCGGGCAAGUUUGGUCUGUACACGCUAGCGGAUGGUAGUGCCACGAUUAUGACCAUACCUGUUCACGACUCAAAGCCUGUCGACAUUCGUAGCCGCAGGACCCACGAUCCCAACGGAAAUCCCCUGCGAACGAGAAGAUUUGGGGCUAUGGAACUGGACGAUACCUACCCCGAAGAAUCCGGAAACGUCUCUGACUACCACUCGUCACAGUUGGCCUGCUUUAUCUUUAUUGCACGCUGGACGUGGCUAUCGUACCUUACCAUAGCGCUCGGUCCAUCUUACAUACGUGAACGCUUGAGCGAUUCGGAGUACAUGAUCAAGGUGUUCUAG